UGUGUGUGUGCCCGUGCGCGCUCGCACUGUGUUUCAGGGAGGCGUUAGUUAGAUACAAGAAUGUCAGAUUGAACUUCUUCCUGCAUCUUCUGAAGCUUACAUGUUCUCACUCACAAAUAAUCUUUUGGCCAAGUCGGGACGUGGUAAGGGGCCGUCUGAAAUCGUGGGAUGCGUUUAAACUUGCCCGCUUGUGAAUUUUAGCUAUCAGGCAGUGGUUUGGGGCAGCCCAGAAUGGGCUAAGAAGUGGUUCUUCACAAAGCUCCCGAGAAAGUAAAAGAGAGAAACCAUCGCUGAUCUUAAGAGGGAUCUGAGGCGCGGAAGGAAGUGCACAGCGAUCUAGACCAGGCAGAUCGCGAUCUGGGGCGCGGGGUCCAGAUUUGGGGAACCCAGGGUGACACCCCGGUUCCGUCUGAUGGCCGUACAUGUUUGCUCAAGACAUUGCCCCAAGUGGGCGGCGAGGAAACGAUCUCGAAGCCGUGGGAUGUUCGCGAAGAUUCGCCCGCACUGGAGGCUGCGCGCCCGGGGUCAGCUUUUUCUGGCUGGGUGGGGCAAAGAGCGAGAGGACGCCCAGUGGCCCCCGACGCACGUCACUCGCCUCUUCCAGGGCUGGGUAUAAAAGCCUCCACCAGAGCCCCAAGAUCACUCUUACUUCCUCUUCUUUCCUCGCAGCGUCGCACGCUCAGCGGGUAGCCUCACCCUCGUCGGUCCCGGAGUCCAGGCAGGGGUGGCGCCUGCGGGAGCAGUGCCGUGGUCGCCGCGGAUUUGCUAGCGCCUGCUGCCUUCCUUUCCACCCGCUCGCCAUCGCCGCUGACUUCUCAGUCGGACUCCAGGACCCCGUCGGUGCGACUUGGCUUCUGGGCCCUAGAGGCGAGUAGGAAAGCGAAAGCGCUGAGCUCUGCCGAGGCGCCGCCCGGGGCCGCCUAAGUUUCGAUUCUCGCGCGCCAUGGCGGACCCGACGGUCUGCUGCUUCAUCACCAAGAUCCUGUGCGCCCACGGCGGCCGCCUCAGCCUGGAAGCGCUGCUCGGCAAGAUCGAGCUCUCCGAGGCGCAGCUCCUGGAGGUGCUCAAGGACGCCGGGCCCGACCGCUUCUUGGUGCUGGAGACUGGGGACAGGGCCGGCGUCACCCGCUCGGUGGUGGCCACCACCCGAGCCCGCGUCUGCCGUCGCAAGUUCUGCGACAGACCCUGCGAAAACCUGCACCUCUGCAAGCUCAACCUGCUGGGCCGAUGCCACUACUCGGACUCCGAGCGGGCAGUUCCCGUGCUGGCCAAUGUUGUAACCCAAGAAGGAGACAAGGCAAAACGUCCAAAAACAAGGAACCUAUGCAAGUACUCUCAUGACGUUCUCUCAGAAGACAAUUUCCGGGUCCUCAAACAUCACGAACUCUCUGGUCUAAACCAAGAGCAACUAGCUGUACUGCUUGUCCAAAGCGACCCCUUCUUCCUGCCUGAGAUAUGCAAAAGUUAUAAAGGAGAGGGUCGAAAACAGAUCUGUAGCCAGCAGGUGCCGUGUAACAGACUCCACAUCUGCGAACACUUCACGCGGGGGAACUGCAGCUACCUCAACUGCCUCCGAUCCCACAACCUGCUGGACAGAAAGGUCCUGGCUAUCAUGAGAGAGCACGGGCUGAGCCAGGAAGUGGUCCAGAACAUCCAGGACAUCUGCAACAGCAAGCACAUGCGGAAGAACCCUCCCGGGCCCAAAAAUGCUGGAAACCGUAGAGGUGGAGUAGGCAGAGGGAGAAGCAAGAGCAGAGACCGGGUCCCUCAGGACACCAAGGAGUUCUUUCCUUCCACCCCCGCUCACAAGUCGGGCACUUCCAGUCCGGUUGGCACCAGCAGCAGGGCUUCCCUGGGGGACAAGGCUGUCAACGAACUCACCCAAAAGUUGGCCUUUCUGGAGAGUCGGGAUCUCCUUGCACAGCCGUCCUCAGUCUCAUCUAAGGCUGCUGGUCAACUAGCAGCGAGCCAGCGGUUCUCAGAGAAUGGCCUUCCGGAUGGCCUCUUUUAUAACAGUCAAAGCCAUCCUGCCUCUAAUUCCAUACCAGCCUCUCACCAGAAGGGCUCCCCAUCCUGGCUGAAUGUUCAGGGCACUGGGAAAGAGAGUGUGUUCUUUCCGAGCCAAGCAGCUCCUGGUUCUCUUGAUUCUGCACAAACACCCAAAGCCUUAACCUCCAGAAAGCCGACGGGAAUGCUUUCAUCGGACCAUGUGAACAUCAGAGGCAAGAGUGGGACCCUAGACACCCAGCAAGUCCCUCUUUUCAAUAAUAAUCCUGAUGGAGUGGCCGCGAACAUGAAUUUUGGAAUGACACCCAAUGGCCAGAGAGAAAUACCACUACCGAGUUAUCAGCAGAACAGCAAAGUUACUGCCCUGGACCACCAGAGUGGCCGCAUUACUAGUGAGGACCCUGGAGUGGCAUUUCUGAAUGAUUGCAUAUCUGACGUUGCCAGUACCACGUCUAGGACAGCUAGCCACGGCCUGGAGAGCAUUUGUGUGGAUUAUCUGCAAAACUGUUGUCAACUUAACAGUAGCUGCAGCAAAAUUCACUUCCACCUGCCCUACCGGUGGCAGCUGUUGACGCACACUUGGUUGGACCUCUCGGACAUGGAGAAGAUUGAGAAGGCCUACUGCGACCCCCGGAACCACAUGAUUUCAGUAGGAAAUUAUACAAUCGACUUCCAGAAGAUGACGUGUGGCAGUAGGCCCAUUCGACGCAUCUCUACCCCUUCGUCUGGUACGAAUCGGACCGAUUCAGCCUUCACCACCAAGUGGAUUUGGUACUGGCAGAAUGAACUUGGCAAAUGGGUUCCGUAUGGCGAAGGGAGCAACAACCAGCCAGGAUCUGAUGUGGACUCUUCCUACCUGGAGUCUUUCUUUCAGAGCUGUCCUAAGGGAGUCAUACCAUUUCAGGCAGGCAUUCGGAACUACGAGCUAAGUUUCCAAGGGAUGAUUCAGACCAACAUCAUUUCCAAGACUCAGAAGAAUGUUGCCCGAAGGCCAACAUUUGUUUCCUCGCUGGAUGUGGAACAGAUGAGAAGAAGGCCAGAUCCUCCGAGGGUGCAGUGCUCCGCUUCUAGUCAUCAGCCUGCUCAGACCCUGCCCAAGGCUGUGGCCUCAACGUUUGCUCCUCAGAGUGAGGGUCACUCUCUCUCUUCGAAUGGAUACAAGUUGCUGGAUCUCAGUAAUGAGUCUGUAGAAUACGUCAACAUAAGGGAUCGUUUCAAAGAGUCUAUGAAAAAUUUCAAGAUCGAAAAGAUAAAGAAGAUCCAUAAUCUAGAGCUCUUGAAUUUGUUUGAAAGGAGGCGACUGAUGAUGACAGAGAAAAAGGAAAGACUCCUAUUUUAUGCAACAAGCUCUGCCCACGUGGAUUCCAUCUGUGCGAAUAAUUUUGUCUGGACCUCACAUGGCACUCAGGGCAGCAGAUAUGGAAGAGGAAAUCACUUCUCAAGGGAAGCUAUCUAUUCCCACAGAAAUUGCCCGGAUGAUGCCAGAAGCAUCGUUAUGUUUGUGGUCCGAGUCUUGGCGGGAGAUUUUAUUGAGGGAAACAUGUUGUAUGCAAGCCCUCCUCCACCGUACAAUAGCUGUGUGGAUACAAUGGUGAAUCCUUCUGUUUUCGUCAUCUUCCAGAAAGAUCAGAUUUACCCAGCGUACUUGAUUGAAUAUACUGAAGCAGACAAAGAGAAAGAGAAAGAGAAAGAGAAAGAGAAAGCCUGUGUGAUUAGUUAGAGACAAUGAAGGCAGCGUUAUCUGGGAUCUAGGACCAAAUUGCUGUAAAUAAUGGUUAGACUUUUCUAUUUUCUCACUAAGUUACCUAGCGUCUGACACUAGUGGUUCCCAAACUUUGCUGAACAUAACUUCCAAUGCCCAGCUUGUAUGCUUCCCAGUGAAAUCACUCCUUGGGGUGAAAGCCAGGCAGUAAUAUUUUUUAAACGCUCUCCUAAUAACUUCAAUGUGUUGGAGAGUUUGUACUAUCUUAGCUGUAACUGGCUGAGACUGGUUUCUAGAUUUCCUAUACUUAUGCCAACCAUUUGCUCUCACUUACUCUUUGAGUGUGCUGGGUAACAUGGUUUUAUUUUGGUUCAAUUGAAAAAAAAUACCAGUUUGGGAGAUUUGAAAGUAAGCUAAUACUGCCUAUUGAAAUGGGUACAAAAGAUGGUACAGGCUUGGAUGGAAGAUCAUGAAGGUUGAAGAGAAAUGCGUAGGGAUAUGGUAGCGAGAAAAAUAAAAAGGGUACUAUGAACCCCAUUAGAGACAUAACCUCAGUGCUGUACCUUAUCAUGGGAUGAACUGACUUGGGAGCGCAUCUAUAUUUCGGCAUGAAUUUACAAGACAGACCUCACAGGGUUGGCGUUUCCUGGAAUGCAGUCACAAGAGCCACCAAGUGUGACUCAGAAUGGCCACCAACUGGAGUUAAUUGUACAUUUGGGCUUGUUAUAUAAUUAUGGCAAAGUAGACAUUUAUGUUCUAAUUAAUCUAAUGACAGAGAAAGCUUUUAUUUUUCCAGGUCAGGCUGUUGGGAAAGUGUAUGUAUUUUAGGAGAAAUGAGUUGCAGUAUUCAGAGUCCCAUGAGCAUGAGUUCAAGUGCGACUGUGGUCGUUUGCAUGGAAGGUGAGGCUAGCCAAGAAACGCAUGGCAGGGCUGCCCUGACAGGAGGACGGGCCUCCGGUGGAAGUGCCUUUUGCUUUCUGGUGAGCACAGAAUAAUUAUUAACAAAGGGAACAAUGUCCCAAAUGGGUCUCAUGCCUGCUAGGGACUUGUGUAAAUAGAGUGGAUUAUGUGGAGUUGUCAUCGUUUUUUUUAGAGCUAUUGAAAUGCCCCAGCCAAUAUUUCUUUCCUUAUUGUCAGUUAGGUUUUUCCUUUUUCAACAUUUCAUACCACUUGCCAAAAUUUCGUACUUGAGCUCUUUCUAGCAGACCUGUUACAAAUAAUUGAUUGGCAUUUGAGUUGAUUUUUAUGUUAGAUUUUAGAUCAGUACAAAAAAAGGUAAAAAAAAAAAAAAAGGGUUCAGACUUUAUUUUUACAGUCUGGUGCUUUUCUGGGAGCUUGCCACAAAUAUUCUUUUCAUUCAUUUAUUUUUUUCUCCUGGUGGUUUCCAUCUCUUGACUCUGAUCCUUGCCCUGUAGAGGUAUAACGUAUGCAGCUCUUCCCGGCUGCACGGGAAGCACCUCGAGUUGGGUAUUUCACAGGCAUCUGUAGUCCAAGAUGGAAAUCUCUGUCUCCCUCUCUCAGAGGAAUCCGUAAAAGCAGUCUCUCUGAGUAAAAACAGUCACUCGAUCCAUUCCGUCCAAGCAGAACUGCAGAGCCACGCUAGCUCCUUGCCCCACUGGCUCCUCGCCCCGCCUCAUCAUACACGUUGAAGUCGUUCCUAAGGCCAGUUUUACUUCUUACGCAUCUUUGUCCCUUUCUAAUCUGUUUUCUACUUAAUGGCCAUUUAAGGUUUUACUUGACGGGGUUGCAAACCCAACCUGGACUGCAUUUUUGGGAUAAAGUUCUAAGUCAUGAUCACAACCCCCAAAGGAUUUUCCCCUCCCCCACUCCCACCCCACUCAUUUAUUUCCUUCUGCACAACACACUCAGCUUCCUGGCAGUUCUUGGUCCCCUUCUUACCUAGUUCAGUGGUUCUCAGUGAGCACGUCUGCUUUUUUUUUUUUUUUUUAAUAACAAAUACUUUGCAAGAUAAGCUUUAUUAUCCUCAAAAUACAGUUAAAAGGCUCUAUAUCCUUGAUUCUAAAUGUAAAAAAUUGAAACAAACUAAUAUUAACCUAAAAGAAAUAAAAGGUACAUACUUAGAUACAAUAUUACAUUACUAGAAGACAUGAAGAAGUCAGAUGCUUACGCCUACUUAUAAUGAAUGUAAACUUGAAAGUAGAUCAGAAACUCUUUGCAGAGAAGCUUGGAAAAAUGAAUAAAGCAGGGAUAUGAGUGGACAUUAGAAUAUAGCCUAGUGAUACAACCACUUGCUUGCAUAUGGUAAUAUUUAUGUGUGUGUGGGAGAAAGAAUGAAAUAACCUUCAUUGAAAUACAGUACUAUGUAAGAAAAUGUACAGAUUGUCGAAACAAAAAAUGAGGAGCCAUAUUCUUGCAGACGAGCUUUGUGUCUUAUAUGAAUGUCAGGUGGGACAUUCAAAAUUCGUAUAGGGCGCAGAAUAAUUUCUUAUUGUGAGAAGCCGUCCAGUGUAUUGCAGAGGGUUCCGCGUACCUGGCUCUCACAUGCUAAAUGCUACUAGUGCCCCUUGCCUUCAGCCUCCGCUAUGGCAACCACAAAUCCUUACAGGCCUAGUCAUCCUUUUCAGAGCAGAUGUUUUAUAGUGUCACCCCCUUUCUGUCCUGAGAUGAUUCAUAGAGAAUAUCAUCUACUUACAUAAAGGAUUUUUUUUUAAGUAUUGACUGCUCUAGUCCUAUUGGAAUAGAGGCAAGCUUUGUAAUGAAAAUAGAAUGAAUUUUAUUAUAAAAUGCUCAGGCAUGACUACGCUAUAAGCCAGACAGAUGUUUACCCUUACAAGGAAUAAUUUUGGGCGUAAGAGUCGAUCAGGAGCUAUUGCCUAUAGAACAGAACAAUGAAAUAUUAGAGGUAUGUGUGACACAAUGAAAAUCAGUUUAGGGCCGGCCAGAUA